CAGUAAUUCCUCUGAUUCAAACCCGAGUACUUAAACCCAGUUCAUAAAUUUGACGUGGAAAUCCAUUAUUAGCCAAGUUGUGGAACUCUGGGGACCUUCGCAAGGGUUCUGUUGCAAGAUACAAAAUGGACAUCGAAGUGACAUUCAUACAUAUGACCAAAUACGAGCAUGAGAUUCAUCAAUGGUGCUCUUCGGUCCCAUGCGCCUGGCUAUCUCAACUGCAUGGCCUAAUUGGAAAGCUGCAUUACUAUCUCGUUGCUCUACUUGGUAUCGCAUCGACUUUCUCAGAUGGCCCCAUCCUGAUGAAUGAAUCUGGUAAUGAUGUUCGUCUCGCGAUAUCGCCGCGCUGCGGCCUUCUUUCUGAGGUUGUAUCCGACGUCAACACCGGCAUUAAUAUUGGUGCAAUUAAGACGAUCGUUUCAUUCGGCGAUUCCUAUACUGACGGCGGAAAUGACGAUGGUUCUCCUCUUGAACCUGCCGUUCUCAUCCCGCCGAGUGUUCUUGCUGGCGGUCGAUCGACAAAUGGACCGGUGUGGAUUGAAAGACUCGCUAACAAAAGUGAAGCCGUUCUUAUGAGCUACGCACAAUGGGGAGCGUGUAUCGACUUGUCUAUUUGGCCCAGUAACCCCCGAAAAGUUGAUUUCAUAGGACAGAUGUCAACAUUUCUUAAUCAAGCUCAAGAAUUAGACCCGGAAACCACACUCUAUAGCCUCUUUUUUGGAAUCAAGUACGUAGUUUUACACCUAUUUUCAGCUCGCUAGUCAUUCGCCUUGAUCUGACAAGCGUUGAUAGUGACUUUGGUGACUCAAAGGUGGACGGAGACCACUUGGAUGAUGCGGCUGAGGCAUUAUUGGACCAAAUAGACAUUCUAUCAAGCCCACCUAUCAACG